AUGACGAUGCAAAGUUUGUCGAAGAGUAUUUACCAUAAUGUUAAUUACUUCAAAGCCUAUGAUACACUCAUUUCUCACAUCACCAACAAAGACGAAGUGGUUCAACUUUGGACAGAGCAGUGGAAAACAAUUAUGAAGAACAUUUCUUUCAAUCCAAAUGAGGGAAACCCGAUCCGGAUGUUGAAAAUUGGUGCUGGGGAUGGAAACCAUGAAAUAGGAAUGGCAAAAUGUCUAUUAGCAGUGCAUCCAGAUGUGCAUAUUAAAAUCAUCGAACCAAAAGAGGUGCAAUUACAAUUGUGUAAAAAAACAGCAAUGGACUUUGCAACAUCGUCUCCAGGUCUAACCUUUGAUUGGCAUAAUGUAACUUUUGAGAAGUACAUGACUGAUCAACGUGAAACUGAUGUUGGGUCGUUCCAUAUUGUUGUUAGCUGUCAUGUCUUGUGCUAUUUGAAUUUGGUUUGGGCGAUAGACAGCAUGUACAGUAUGGCAAGGACAGACGGUGUUGUUGUAAACACCAUGGUAACUGGUGACUCAACAUUUGGCUUAGUUGGUAAACUUUUUACUAAAUUGACGGGUUGUGGAAAACAUCACCAACAUUCCGAUGAUGCUCUGGGGUAUCUUGAGACCAAAACUGGCAAGAUUAAAAGGAACUCACGCGAAUUCACGGUAGACGUCACCGACUGCUUUAAUGACUCAUCUGAAGAAGGAAGCUUGCUCCUGGAUUUUAUGACUCAACGGACUGAUUUUAGAAGGAAUGCCCCGGGCAACGUUAAAAAGUCUAUAAUGAAUGUUCUAAGAGAGAACACUAUAGAAAAGGAGGGAAUGGCUUUAACUCGUGUUCGGGAAGAAGAUUUGGUUUUAAUAAAAUAG